CAACCAAAGAAACAGAAAAAAAAAAAAAAAACUUUACUCACAACACAAAGAAGAGAGAGAGAGAGAGAGAGAUCAGAGAUGGCGACGUCGGGAACAUAUGUGACGGAGGUUCCGUUGAAAGGAUCGGCGGAGAAACACUACAAGCGGUGGAGAAAUGAGAACCACCUCUUCCCCGACGCCAUCGGCCACCACAUCCAAGGUGUCACCGUCCACGACGGCGAAUGGGACUCUCAUGGAGCCAUCAAGAUUUGGAACUAUACAUGCGAUGGGAAACCGGAGGUGUUCAAGGAGAGGAGAGAGAUAGACGAUGAGAAUAUGGCGGUCACGUUCAGAGGUCUCGAAGGUCACGUUAUGGAGACUCUUAAGGUGUAUGACGUCAUAUUUCAGUUCAUUCAAAAGUCCCCUGAAGAUAUCGUCUGCAAGAUUACUAUGAUCUGGGAGAAGCGAACCGAUGACUCGCCUGAGCCCAUCAACUACAUGAAGUUCGUCAAGAGCAUGGCUGCUGACAUGGACAACCAUGUCCUCAAAGCUUAAAAUCCCCUCCUCGAUCCUAUCUAUCUAUCUUUAAGUUGAACUAUCAUCAUCACCGUCAUAUAUGUGUAUGUGUGUUUCUUUUUAUGACGUUCUCAAUCUAAUAAAGCAUGGGGGCUCUUGUAUAUGGUUACAUUAAUUUCUAUAACUCUACCUCUACGUUUGGGUUUUGACGUUUUGUAAUAUGCUUUGAUGUUUUAUGGUAAUUAAUUGCAAGGUUUCAUAUGUAUGUUAUGUUA